AUGGGGAAAAAGACCCUCUUUGAGCGAUGCGGAUUUCUCUACGGAGGAAAGAACUUCUUCUGGAAGGUCAUUUACUCAGUUUUGUACAUGGUCGGCAUCUACUACACCGUUGAGAAAAUUGGCCAGAACAUCAGUCGAUACCUCAAAUAUCCGUCGAUUAUUAGCCAGAGAGAAGACGUCCAGGUCUUUACUUUUCCUAAAAUCACCCUCUGUCCGUACCAGUCCCACUCUUGGCGAAAAGUAAAGGCCCUCUAUCCGAUGGUAAAUCGAACGGUGUUGAAGGCGUUUUAUGGUUACCACGAAAAAUCGCAGGACAAUUUUCAAAAACACAGAUCGAAAGGAGCGCUCAAUUUUGCCAAAGAAGCUUGGAAGGAAUUCGAGUCUAUUAAUGUCAAGGAUUUCUUCACUGACACGGCAACAACGCUGAAUAUCCAUCACUGCAUGUUUGACAUGUACGAUUGUUCUCGCCUAGUCGGCCAGUUCCCCAAAUCAGUGAAAAAUGAUAAUUUGGUCGAAAUAGACCUGGAUAUGCCCGAGCACAGUCUUGGAUUAGUUAUUAGCGUUGAUAAGAAUGACUACUCGUUUGGUUGGUACGGGAAUAUGCGAGGCAUUCAUAUGUACUACGCUUCAAACAUGAACCAGGAGUACAUGACUGCAAUCGUAAAAACGACGAAGCGGCGGGUGACUGUACUCGAAGAGAAACCGCGAUACUCGUUCAACGAGCUAAUGGCUGACGUCGGCGGUGCUUCGGGACUCAUCCUCGGCCUCUCCGUUGUCAAAAUUGUGGAAAUCGUUUUCAAGCUUACUUCCAGAUGGAAUUUCACAAAGACAGUAAAGCGAAAACUGGCAGUUAUGCGCCACAAGAGGCAGAAAAGAAGCAGCAAAGACUUUUACAUCCAUAAUGGAAGCGGGUCUCCCCAUGCAUCCGUUGGAACAUCAACAGGAACUCGCUCUUUUGAUAUUUACUGUUAA